AUGACCCCGAACGCCGAGUUACUCGAUAACAUUUUGAGGAAAUACGUCGACAGCGAAGGAGGCUCUGCAAAAUCCCUUCACACCGCUGGGUUCAUAGUGAAAGACGGCAAUGGGCAGACCCUGUACUCCAAUGCUUUUGGAAAGCUGAGCCUUGAUGACAACUCGGCACCUUUCACAACAGACUCGGUCUGCUUCGUGGCAUCUUUGACCAAGCUCGUUACAGCCGUGUGCAGUAUGCAGCUGGUAGAGAGGGGUAUGAUCGGACUAGAUGACGACGUUGGAGAGGUGGUACGAGAGCUUUCGAAUCUGGAGAUCUUGAAAGGGUUCGAUGAUGAAGGGAAGGCAAUUCUGGUGAAGAAGACCAAGCCUAUUACUCUUCGGUGGGUUUAG